CGACGAAGAGACGUCGCCGUGAGACGAACGGACAGACGACAACAAAAUGAACACGACAGAAAAGAAGCUGGCGGACUUGAUACGAGAACACCCGAACCUGUACGACCAGGCCCGACGGGACUACAAGGACACGUUGAAGGGACAUGUGUCGUGGAGGGAGAUCGCGGACGCCAUGGGGAAGUCUGUGGAGGAGGUGAAGCUCAAAUGGAAAAACCUCCGCGACAAGUUCUGCAAAGCGAAGAAGCGACUGGCCAACAGAAACUUCCCCCUGCUGGACGACGAGGAGAACCCGCUGGAGAGGCCCGUCCCGGUGCUGUUCAACCAGCUGGCCUGGCUCAGCGAGUACGUGAAGCCCAGAGUGGAGAGAAGUCUGGGGGAGUCCGAGGAGGUAGCUGGAAGAGCAGAUGAUCUGGAGAGAGAUAAAGACGAGGCGGCGCAGCACGGUUCGCUGCCUGUCGUCAGCACCAGUUUCUCUCUUGCGGAUUGCAGUCCGACCAGCCAUCAGGAUGUGGGACUCUCUCUUAAACGCAAAAGGCAAGCAACCGCAGAAACGGAGAUAAGUUCUGCAGAAGCCCUCACCAACCUCAGAGAUGAAGAUGAACUGUUUCUGCUCAGCCUCCUGCCCUCACUGAAGCGGCUCACCAUUAAAAAGAGAAUGGAGGUGCGGAUGAAAUUCCAGCAAGUGCUUUAUGCUGCAGAGUUUGAGGACUGAAGAGCACAAAAUGCACUAAACAUUGGUAGUUGGAGGAGUUGUUCCGUAUUUACAUCAAUCCUCAAGCACUUGGUGUGUAAAUAGUUAUUUUUUUAGCCAUUGUAACUUGGACUAUUUAUUUUUGCAUCACUCUUUAGUAAAUAUAUCACUGUGUUGUUCUUUGUCAUUUUGGUUCAUGAGAGUUGACAGAGAAGUGUCUUUUAGGUGAAGGAAAAUAUGAAUGCAGUUGUGUCCACUGGAACCUUCAUCCAUGUUCAUCUCAAAAUCUUUCUACUUGCCAACGCUGCCUGAUGAAUUUCAAAUUCUUGUUAUUUUUAUAGAUCAAACAGAACUCACUGUCUGUUCAUAAAUACCCUUUCUUUAUAUUUCUAAAGGAGUCAUUUCUACUGUAUAUAUUUUACAAAUAAAUGUUUUAUUGCUCCAGAAAAA